GAAAGAGGAAGAGAGAGAGUAGAAGACAAGGAUUCGAGUUCGUAUAAAUCGGAGAAGGAUAGAACGAACGUUAAACCGAGCACAACGCGGAGUGGUUCUUCGGUUUGCCCCCACCAUUUCGCGGCGACGCGAGCCGACCAAUCAGAGAACGCGUUGCCGCCGUAGCACAGCCGUAUCGCGGUGGCGUCGUCGUCGUCGUCGUUCCGACAGGCGCAGUCACAAUUCCUUCGACCGUCGAGCGCAACGUUUCCGCUUUGCGCGUGGACGGUACCGAAGUGAACAAAGAUAUUCUGUUAAGCGCGCGAUCAGUUUGCAACAGCUUUCUUAUUGGUGAUAAUAUUUCGCGUUUAACGACGACGAAUAUUUGAAUUCUCUCGUUCGUUCGUUCAUCCGUCGUUCGUUUCUUCGUUCAUUCGUUCGUUCGUUUACGCGUUUCGUGGUAAGUGCUGUUUCUUCGAGGGAUUGUUUGUCCUUCUGUCAGUAAGGAAGGAAGGAAGGAAGGAAGGAAGGAAGGAAGUAGGAAAUAAAGAGAAGAAGAAGACAAACCAUGAGAUUUUCUUGGUUAUUCCCGGCAACGGUACUUCUCGUCCUUGUCACCGGAGCGAAAUGCAAACGAAAAUUUGACGGUGACUUUGAAUUCGACGAAGAGGAUGAUACCCGUAUAAUGAAGGUUGGAGAUAAAAAGAGAUGGAUACACGACCCGAACAGUGAACUUUGUCGUCCACUUAACUGCAAAAAGAAGGAACUCUGUUUACUCGAAGACACAUUUACUGCCGUUUGUGUAUCAAAGAAAGAACUCCAUAAGUCAGGUGAUGUGGUAAUACCGAAAUCAUUAGCUGUUCAACAACGACGAAUGAGAACGGAUAGUUCAGCCGAUACACAAGACGACGAUGCCUUUUUCGAUUCGGAGGACGAUGAUGAGGAUCAGGACGAGUCUAAGUGCCAGGAAUGUCCCGUGGUGAAACCGACGUUCCUCUGCGGAAGCGACAAUCGUACGUACAGCUCGCCGUGUCGUUUGGAGUACCACAAUUGCAUUCACCACACCUCCGUCCACAUUGCCUGCAAAGGCUUCUGUCCGUGCAAAGGAACAGAUUUACGGGCGCAUACGAAGAAAACGCAAACGCAGCGACAAAAAUCGCUCAUGGGAAAAAUAGGUCGCAAUCAUGACUUCACUCUUACUCCACGUGAUUUCAACUAUGACAAUCAUCACUAUCGUUAUCUCAAAUAUACGAAGCGUGCGAAGACACUUGCCUCAGCUAACAGAUACGACGAUAAACAUUUGUUGAGCAACGAAGUUAUGGAAAAGUCAGCGUCACCGAUGAAAUCAACCUACAACACGGAUUGCCCACCAUCAUCUAAACCAGCUAUGGCAAAUCGACUUUUGGAUUGGUUCUCGGUUGUGAUGGCAGAUGCCAAGCAUCGUCGUCAACAUCCUAAACCCAUAGGUCAUUUCCCAAUUCCAUGCCAGAGCGAAGUUAGGUGGAUGUUUGGACAUUUGGACAGUGAUAGCGAUGGUAGGAUCUCGCUUUCUGAACUUUACGGAUUGGAACACGAUCAGAACGAACCGUGCCUAAAGCCCUUCCUCGAUAGCUGCGACACUGAUGGUGAUAUUUUCGUGAGUGGUAUGGAAUGGUGCGGUUGUUUCGCAAAGGCUGAACGACCUUGUGCUGCAGUACGUAGACGAUCGCCAUUGGAAGUAGCACCGGCAUGUGAUUCCAGAGGAUAUUAUCGAAGCACUCAAUGUCAUCGAGGACUUGGACUUUGCUGGUGCGUUGAUCCACAUGGCGUUGAAUUUGCUGGUACCAGAACUCGUGGUACCAAACCUGAUUGUGAUACGAUCGUGAACAAGAUCAGCAACGGUGGUUUGAAAACAAAUAGCGUUGAUCUCGACGACGACGAGGACGGUGGUACAGAUUCAACCCAGGAUUUGGAAGGUUCGGCCGAUCAGCCGUUAGAUUUUUAGAUAUAUCGCUUCGAUCGGUCCAAGAUAACAAAAGGUGAUUAGUAAGAGGAAUAAGUAGAAGAGCAACAACAACGGCAAAUUGUAGAAGGGUGGGGUAAAGAGAGAGCAGAGUAAAGGGAGCAACACCUUUAAAGCGUGAUGUUUGUAGUAGUUUGUAAUCGCACGAGCAAUUCCUUUCUCGCGGAUUGUGUUGCCCGUCUAUUCGUCCAUCGACCUCGAGAUCGAGGGCGUCGUUAAAAGAGAGAAAGAGAGAAAAGGAGAAAAAGAGAGAGAAAGAGAGGGAAAGAGAAAGAGGAAAGAAAAGAAAGAAAGAAA